AUGGAGUAUCCCUUCAGCCACUCAACUCUGUCUCCGGCGCCCAACCUCUCCGUACCCAUCUUGCUCGGCUGGGGUAUCAAUCUGACUUCCGGACAGGAAGUCCCGGCGCCCCCGCCGCCGCUGCCGCCGCCCCCCGGGUCGCCCAGCCGCCUGGUCUACCUGGGGGUUAUCCUGGUGCUGUCCGUGGCCGGCAACGCCAAGGUACUGUGCCGCCUGUGUGGCGGCGGCGGGCCCUGGGCGGGUCCCAAGCGUCGCAAGAUGGACUUUCUGUUGGUGCAACUAGCCCUGGCUGAUCUAUACGCGUGCGGGGGCACCACGCUGUCGCAGCUGACCUGGGAGCUGCUGGGCGAGCCGCGUCGGGCGGCGGACGACUGGGAGUGCCGCUUAGUGCAGCUACUGCAGGUAUCCGGCCGGGGCGCCUCGGCCCACCUGGUGGCGCUCAUUGCCCUCGAGCGUCAGCGCGCCUUGCGCUGUCCGCAAGGCCCGCUGCUGCCGGCCCGCGUCUUAGCGGCCCUGGGCUGGCUGCUGGCUCUGCUGCUAGCGCUACCCCCGGUCUUCGUGGUGCGCGGGGGAGCCCCGUCCGCGCGACCCGCCCAGUCCCCGGACUCCCGAGCCUGGGCCGAAGGGCGUCGCUGCCGCGGCAUCUUUGCGCCUCUGCCACGCUGGCACCUGCAGGUCUACGCGCUGUAUGAGGCCGCCGCGGGAUUCGCGGUGCCGGUCGCAGUCCUGGGCGUCGCUUGCAGCCGCCUGAUCUGCACUUGGUGGCAGCGCCCGCCUCCAGCCCCAUCUGCUGCGGCGCCCAAGUCAGCGAGUCCUGGCCGAGCCGCCACCCACGGCGCGCUACCGCGCGCCAAAGUACAGAGCCUGAAGAUGAGCCUGAUGCUAGCGCUGCUCUUCGUGGGCUUUGAACUGCCCUACUUUGUUGCUCGGCUGGCAGCCGCGUGGUCGUCCGGACCGGUGGGAGAGUGGGAAGCUGAGGACUUGGCGGUGGCGCUGCGCCUCGUGGGGGUGGCUAAUAGCGCCCUCAACCCCUUCGUCUACCUCUUCUUCCAGGCGGGCGACUGCCAGCUCUGGUGGUGGCUGCGGAAGCGCCUGGGCUCUCUCUGCCGUGCGCAGAAGGGAAUCUCGGAGGACGACGAGGGGGCCCAAGUCCACCAGGUGCUCCACCGCCACCGCUGGCCCCACGCCCACUACCACCACGCUCGGCGGGAGCAGCCAGAGAGAGGCUGCUUGCGCCCACCUCCGCCGCGUCCCCGGACUCUGCCCUGCUCCUGCGAAAGCGCAUUCUAGGUGGUCCAUGGCCAGAGACAGGUCAUCUGUCGCUAGGGCACAGCCUCCGGGGAACACGAGGCUGGCCACCUGGGUCAGUCUAGAUUGCAACGGACAGGAGAACAGGAGGGUCUUCGAGAGAGGGACACUGAAGCUGUCCACUUUCUCCACUCUCCCGUUAUAUUCCUUUGUAAUGUUUACACUCCCCUACAUUAUUUCAACCUCUUUUCUUCCUUUCAGUUCCUUUUCACAAUUUCCCACUUGGAAACAAGGGAGUGAGCCAUUAGGAAACUGUAAAAGCAGUCCAAGCUACAGCUCUUUUUGACGUGCUCUGUUACACUCCCGUGGUUUUCUGGAUAACAUCAUCUGUUUUAGCUAAAUUGCCAAGAUUUUAUUUGAUGGUUUAUUAACUGUUUGGGCUUAUUUCGAAUUGUGUUUAAAUCAAGUAUACCUUCGGGGCCAAUUUGCCAUUCUUUCCAGGAGAAAAAUCUCCACGUUGCCCUCCCUGAAGAGCCUGGAAAUUGCACCAAUG